AUGCACGCGACACGGUUUCUUCUCAAGCGUUCCGUGUGGAAGGGGCCACACCUGGUGCCCCUCCCCAUUGUCUGGCCCAAGUCCACCAGCGACAAGGUGCCUCCGGUCCGAACACAAGCCCGAUCAGCCACGAUCCUGCCCAACUUUGUCGGUCUCAAGUUCGAGGUGCACAAUGGAAAGGAUUACCACGAGGUGACCAUCACUGAGGAUAUGGUUGGACACAAGCUUGGCGAGUUUGCACCGUAA